AUGAAGUUCUCUACUGCUGCCGCCGCUCUCACCACUCUUAUUGGCGCCGCCUCUGCCGGCUCCAAGUCUAGCGAAAGGACCUUUGCCGUCCUUCGCUUCAAUGGAAAGGAGCUUGUUCGCACUCGUGUCGAUCCUAUUGUCUCUCCUGGACAGCCCGCCUCGCAUGUUCACGGUGUCAUGGGAGGAAGCAACUUUGGCCUCUCAGCCAAUGGCGAAACCCUCUCCAAGUCCAAGUGCACCAAUGCUAUGAUCAAUGGCGACAACAGUGCCUACUGGUUCCCUUGGCUCUACUUCCAGGACCCCAAGACCCAGAAGUUUGAGCCCGUCGAGAUCUUUUAUGUCAACAUUUACUACUUCUUCGAUGGUACCGAUGACGAGAUCAAGGCCUUCCCCCAAGGACUUCAGAUUGUCAGCGGCAAUGCUUCCAGCAGAGUUGUUCCCUCCACUGGAGGUGAACAGAACCUUGAGCCGGCCGAUGGCCCCGUGCAGCCGGUCCAGUGGACUUGCCCUAGGUCCAACUACAGCCCGGCCUCCUACCCCAAGGGUUCUGAUGGAUCUACUGCCGGCAUCGUUGACCCCAACAACCAGGGCUCUGGCGUUGGAUUCCCCGACCAGAACUGUGAUGGUUACGCCUCUCCUCUGCGUGCAGACAUUCACAUGCCUUCCUGCUACAACCCUGACAAGGCCCUCGAUGACUACAAGAACAGCAUGACCUGGCCGUCCAACAAGGAUGCCAAGGACAAGCGCCGGAAGAACUGCCCUGCUGGCUACAUCCAUGUCCCUCACAUGUUCUUCGAGGUUUACUGGAACACCCCCAAGUUCGCUGACCGCUGGACCCCCGGCCAGGGUAAGCAGCCCUUUGUCCUCUCCAACGGUGACGUUUCCGGCUACAGCUCCCACGCCGAUUUCAUCGCCGCUUGGGACACCGAUGUUCUCCAGCAAAUCAUUGACAACUGCGACGCUGGUUCUUCUGGUAUGGACAAAUGCCCUGGUCUGCUGAAGGGUCUCAACACCAACAAGGAAUGCACCAUCCCUUCGCCCCUUGAUGAGAAGACAGACGGCAUCCUGGAUCAGCUUCCAGGCAGCAACCCCCUCGGUGGCUGGACUUUCGGAAGCGUUGUUGGAGGUGGCAGUGGUGGUGCGGUUGUUAAGCCCCCUUCCAGCGACGCCGCCCAGCCCACUUCCGCCAAGGCUGCUGCUUCCAGCGCCGUCGUCAAGCAGGAGGACGUCCCCACAGCCUCGUCUACCGCCGCAUCACAGCUUCCUAUCCAACAGGCGCCCGAGAAGGCUUCUUCUCAGCCUGCUGGUCCUACCAAAGAAGCCCAGGAAUCAUCCCCUGCUGCCAACCCCGCCGGCCCUACCGAGGUGGCGAAGGAGACCUCCCCUCCUGCUAACCCCACAGACACCGUGGGCGGCAACAAGGGCAAGAACAGGACCAAAGGCGGUAAGGGCAGGACGACAUCUUGCCUUCGCAAGACCCAGACUGUCUGGAAGACGGUCACUGUCACCGCCACAGAUGAUGCUUCGGCCGCCGCCACCCCGGCCCAUGACGAUGGUUACCGCAAGGCCCGUCGUCACGUCCACGACCAUAUGCGUCGUCGUCACAGCCACCACAAGAAGUAG